AUGGGGAGAAGGGGGAGAAAGGGAGGAAGGGGGAGAAUGGGCAGAAGGAAGGGGGAUACGGGGUUGAGAUGGGGAGGAUUUACUUUGCGCCUCAAAUGCCCCUUGUUCACACCUCCCCCCUUGUCUCUUCCAUGCCCUGGCCCUCUCCCCCCUUCCCCGUUUCCCCCUGUCCGCCCCCGGCUCCACCCGUUCCUCCUCCCCUCCCCUUCCUUCCUCUCCCCCCCCGCGCUCCCUCCCCCCAGCACGGAGGUAGUGGGCGUGGAGAACCUCCCCCCGGCGGACGCGCCAGCGGUGUACGUGGCGAACCACCAGAGCUUCCUGGACAUCUACACGCUGUUCCAGCUGCGGCGGCCGUUCAAGUUCAUCAGCAAGACCAGCAACUUCCUCAUCCCCAUCGUGGGGUGGUCCAUGUUCCUCACCGGCCAUGUGCCCCUCAAACGCAUGGACAAACGCAGCCAGAUGGAGUGUCUGAAGAAGUGUCUGGAGCUGCUGCAGCAGGGCACACCCGUGCUGUUCUUCCCUGAGGGCACCAGAACCAAGGACGGCAAGCUCUCUGACUUCAAGAAGGGUGCCUUUUCCAUAGCAGCCAAGGCAGGGGUCCCAGUGGUCCCCAUCACCCUCAUCGGCACCGGAGCCCUCAUGCCCAGCGGCCUAGAAUCCACUCUCGCUGCCACCUCCACCCUCCCGCCGCUCCCUCCUCUCGCGGCACUCCCUGCUCCUGCUGACUCUUCCUCUUCCUCCACUGCUUCGCUUGCCACCAAGUAUGGGUCUCCUGGGACGAAGGGAGGGGUGGUGCGGGUGGUGGUGCACCCGCCUAUCACAGGCAAGGACGCUGACAAGCUGUGUGAGCAGUCACGGGCAGUCAUUGCCUCCACUCUGCGCCUGCACGGGCUGGGCGUGCACUGA